AUGAAAUUUUCAGCACUAGGCAAGUCUUCACGACCACUAUUCUUGUCAACUCUAGUUUUAUUUGAUGUUGAAACCACGGGAUUACCAUCUGCAAACUUUAAUCCAGAAAUUACAGAACUAUGUAUGUUGGCUUGUAGUCGAUUCAGUUUGGAGAAUGCCACUGAUGAACCUAGAGUAGAAAAUAAACUCACACUAUGCUUCAAUCCUACUAGAACUAUUUCAUCGAUAGCAUCUAAAAUCUCCGGUUUAAAUUCUGAUAAUUUGUUCCAUCAGAGGAUUUUGAUGCUAGUGCAGUGGAUCUUAUCCAGUUGUUUCUUAAUCGAUUGGAUUCACCUGUAUGUUUUAUCGCCCAUAAUGGACUGCGUUUUGACUUUCCAUUGUUGA